AUGGCUGGAAAAAAUCCUGGAGAAAAUAUUGUUAAAAAACCAUGGAAAAUGCAUUAUGUUGGAAGAUCGACAGCUAUGCAUAGACUUAAAGUUGGUCAUUUUACACAAACUAAACGUUGGGAAAUUUUAGGAUUACCUAUUGUCAGUAAACCAUAUGAUUUACUUUCACCAGUACCUGUACUAUUAUUUCGACAACCUGCUAAUGUAUUGAAUGCUACAGAAUGGCCUUAUGAAAUAAUUAAUGAGCAAUUUUUUCAUUUAAUUCAUGAUGCAAAACGAUUCAAUGAUGGUCAUUUAGAUAAUCUUCUUAUUGCAUCAAGUGAAGGUAUUAAUUGGCUUUAUUUUAAUAAAGAUUUAAGAGAAUGGAUAAUUAAAAAUAUUGGAGAUGGUGAACAAGAAGAAAAACAACAAACAACUUAUUAUGGUAGUGGUGGUCUUGAUGUAGGACGAGUCGGAAAUGAUUCUCUUGCUUAUAUGCCUGCUAUUGAACCUUUUCAUAGAAAUGUGAUUUCGGCCUAUAUAAAUAAUAGUUCGAAAGAAAAUCAAUGGAAAAGAUAUAUACUUGAUAUUUAUGGAUAUCCUAAUGAAAAUGGUGAAGGUCCAGCACAUCAUCUUGUUUGUGCUGAUUUUGAUAAUGAUGGAAAUGAUGAAUUUUAG